AUGAAUAUUUGCAAGCGGAUACUACCAUCAAGAUUAUCAUCAUACACUCAUGCCCUUGCAUCUUACAAAGCUUCGUUUUCUUUCUUUCAUUCCUCACCAGACACUUCAAUUCAAGUUCAUUCCGAAGAACAAGAAGUAGUAAUUGCUUUAGGUAGCAAUGUAGGCAAUAGGCUCAACAACUUCAAUGAAGCCUUAACACAAAUGAAGAAAUCCGGUUUACAAAUCACAAGACACGCGUGUCUAUACGAAACUGAGCCCGCAUAUGUCACCGAUCAGCCUCUCUUUCUCAAUUCAGCCAUUAGAGCCACCACAAAACUCGGGCCCCAUGAACUACUUUCAGUCUUGAAAAAAAUCGAAAAAGAAAUGGGCCGAACCAAAGGGAUCCGGUAUGGCCCACGACCCAUCGACUUAGAUAUAUUAUUCUACGGAAAAUACAAAAUCAAAUCCGAAAGCCUCACAGUUCCCCAUGAAAGAAUCUUUGAGAGACCAUUUGUUAUGGCUCCAUUAGUUGACUUAUUAGGGUCGGAUGUUGACCAUGAUACGGUUUUACACUGGCAUUCUUUUUCAAAAAAAGGAGGAAUCUUUGAAUCUUGGGAAGAAUUAGGUGGUGAAUCUUUAAUAGGAAAAGAUGGGUUAAGAAGAGUGUUACCCGUUUCCAAUCGGUUAUGGGAUUGGUCAAAGAAGACUUCGGUUAUGGGAAUCUUGAAUUUGACUCCCGAUAGUUUUAGCGAUGGAGGGAAGUUUGAAUGUAUCGCGGAUGCUAUCUCUCAUGUUCAAACCAUGAUAUCUCAAGGGGUGGAUAUAAUCGAUCUUGGAGCUCAAUCCACACGUCCAAUGGCUUCAAGAAUCUCAGUUGCACAAGAACUAGAUCGUCUGAUUCCGGUUCUUGAAAGGAUUCUUAAAUUACCCGAAAUUGAAGGAAAGUUGAUAUCCGUAGACACGUUUUAUUCCGAAGUUGCUUUGGAAGCGGUCAAAAAAGGCGCUCAUAUAGUCAAUGAUGUAUCGGGCGGAAUCAUGGAUUCCGACAUGCUUAAUGUCAUGGGGAAACUUAAUGUCCCGUAUGUAGUUAUGCACAUGAGGGGGGACCCACACACGAUGCAAAAUAAUGAGAAUGUGAAGUAUGAUGAUGUUUGUAAAGAAGUUGGUGAUGAGUUGUAUGAGAGGGUAAGAAUUGCAGAAUUACAUGGCGUGCCAGCUUGGCGGAUUGUUCUUGACCCCGGAAUUGGGUUUUCGAAGAAUACGGAGGGUAAUUUGGAGAUUUUGAUGGGAUUGAAGAGGAUUAGGGAGGAGAUUGGGAGGAAGAGUUUAGGGGUGUCGCGUGUGCCUUUGUUGAUUGGGCCUUCAAGAAAGAGAUUUUUGGGGGAGAUUUGUGGGCGGGUUUCUGGUGUUGAGAGAGAUCCGGGGACUGUUGCUGCUGUUACUUGUGGUGUUUUGGGUGGGGCGAAUAUUGUUAGGGUUCAUAAUGUUGGAGAUAAUGUGGAUGCUGUGAAGCUUUGUGAUUCUAUGUUGGAUCAAGUUGGGAGAUAA